AUGGCUAAUAAAUCUGAAGAAUCUAAUUGGACAAAGCAAAUAUAUCCAUGUAAUACUUUCAUUUAUUCUACAUUUUUAAAAUAUCGAAAUAUUUCUACUGAGUCCAUCAUAAAUAUUACUGGUCAUGAAACUGAAGAAUGUAAAGAUUUUGAUAUACAACUUCCCGUAUUUGAAAUUUUUGAUCGAAUUACUUCUUCUAUCAACAUACCAAUAAUAAUAAAUGUUACAAGCAAUGAAACAGAAGAAUGCAAAAUUUUUACUCUUGAAUUUAAUCUUCCCGUAGAAAUUGAAGAAUUUACUUUUCCUUCAGCUGUUGAAAUUAUUGGUGGAUUCU